GCUCCAUCUGCACACACACAACCAUAGCUAGCUAGCCAGUAGCAAGAACUGCAGAUACUACACAUAACACAUAUGGCUUCUUUGGCGGCGGCGACGAUGGAGCAGGAGUGGUCUGGGAGCGUGGCGUCGGCGGUGCCGGGGGUCACCGCGGACGAGGCGUGGGAGCUGCUGUCCGAUUUCCUGGCGUUCCACCGGUGGCACCCGCGUGUGGCCAAGUGCCGGCGCGUCGGCGUGUCCGGGGCCGGCCCGCGCGCGCCCGGGUGCGUGCGCUACUGCGAGGGCGAGCCGCCCCGCGGCGACGGCGCUGCCGACUGGGCGCACGAGACGCUCCUGGAGCACGACGCCGCGCGCCGCCGCCUCCGCUACGAGAUGAACGACAACAACAUGGGCUUCCGCAGGUUCUUCGCCACGUUCGGCGUCGUCGAGCCCGUGGACGCGCCGGGAGCGGCGGGGUGCGAGCUGCGGUGGGAGUUCGAGUGCGAGCCCGUGGACGGGACGGCGAAGGAGGCGCUCGCGGCGCGGCUGCAGGCCGGGCUCGACGGCAUGGCGCGCCGGGUCCAGGAGGCCGUGCCGUCGCCUCUCACAGCAGCGGACGCGCCCGGCGCCGUGGCGCCGCUCGAAGCGGCUGGCGAUCUCAAGCUGGGAACGUCCAUUGCUGUCUGAGACUCUGAGGUGGUCCAGGCUAGGUGGAGUACGUGGCCCCGGUUUUAAUAUGAUUCUCGAAUGUUGCUUCAAAUAAGCUUAUCGGAUUCUAAUUUAUACUCCGUAUCAGAUAUUCGAUGCAUUUGUAUGCGUUUCCAUGAUCACAUACGCACAGCUGCACUAUGAUGGUGUGUUAUAUUACGUUUCUUUUUUGAGGAAUGUUAUAUUACGUUUCUGCUCCUGCUGGUAAUAACCGAUACAGUUUUUUA